UCUACUGAUGGGAGCGGCCGGCAGGGUCACCGCCUCGCGUUGUCCUUGCCGACUCGCCGCGGACGGCGCGGGGCACACGCGCGCCUGCGAGCGAGCGAACGGCCGUGUUCGGAGGGGAGCGGCAGCCGUGGGCACCUCAGCAAUGCUGUGUCGGGCGACGUGCAGCGCCGGCAGGAGGCUGGCCCCUGUGGCGGCGAGUGUCGCGGGGUCCCGGCACAAGCACAGCCUCCCCGACCUGCCCUACGACUAUGGCGCGCUGGAGCCGCACAUCAACGCGCAGAUCAUGCAGCUGCACCACAGCAAGCACCACGCGGCCUACGUGAACAAUCUGAACGCCACGGAGGAGAAGUACCACGAGGCGCUGGCCAAGGGAGAUGUCACAACUCAGGUGGCUCUUCAGCCUGCACUGAAGUUCAAUGGCGGGGGACACAUUAAUCAUAGCAUCUUCUGGACAAACCUGAGCCCCAAUGGCGGUGGAGAACCCAAAGGAGAGCUGCUGGAGGCUAUCAAACGUGACUUUGGGUCUUUUGAGAAGUUUAAGGAGAAGCUGACAGCCGUGUCUGUUGGAGUCCAAGGUUCAGGCUGGGGCUGGCUGGGCUUCAGCAAGGAGCAGGGGCGCUUGCAGAUCGCUGCCUGUUCUAACCAGGACCCGCUGCAGGGAACGACAGGCCUCAUUCCACUGCUGGGGAUUGACGUGUGGGAACAUGCUUACUACCUUCAGUAUAAAAACGUCAGGCCUGACUACCUGAAAGCCAUUUGGAAUGUAAUCAGCUGGGAGAAUGUCACUGAGAGAUACGCAGCUUGCAAGAAGUGAAACCUUACCGCCAUGUUAAGUAUGCCAGGCCACUGAUGGCUGUGUUUGUAGUGGGAUAGAGCGCUGCAGUAACCAUGACUGCGGCAUUAUAACGUUUAUUGAUGUAUAUCCACAUAGUUGAUGAACAUAAUGUUAUGAUAAUUUCCUAUUUUUAAUUAAAUUUAUUAUUAAGCAACUGUUUGAGAACAGUA